AUGAAUAUUCUAUUGCGAUGUUCACAAUUUCCGACUUCAAGUUUGAGGUUUGUUUUAAUAUUUAUUUUUUCAAAAAAAAAUUCCAUAUAUUUUGCAGGCUCUCACCACAAAUCUUCACAAAUUCAAAACAAAACUUCACCACCAAAGCGCGAAACGUGAAUUUGACGCGGAACAUGAAAAGAGUCGAGCGUCGAAAUGCCGCAUAUCUCCUUCGACAUUCCACGUGGAAAGGUUUGGUGGAAAUCUACGAAAUCGCCAAGCCUCAUAAAAAAUGGAUUUUUAGUGAGUUCCCUUAUUAUUUAUUUUUUUUCCCAAUUCAUAAAAUUUCGGUUUUCAGUGGGCACAAGUUUCAUGAUUUUGAGCAGUGGAAUAUUUUUGAUAAUUCCUCGAAUUCUCGGAAAAUUGAUCGAUCAAUAUGGAAAUGAGAGAACGGCUGAUGCGAAUUCGGAAAUAUCUAUAAAAUUUGCACAUUUCUUCAAAGAACAUCCAAUUGCGCUGAUUGGUUUAUUAGCUGCGGGAGCAGUUGCGACAGCAGCAAAAGUUUAUUGUCUUCAAAUUGCAGGUAUUUUUUUCUCUUUAUUUUUUCCAGAAAAAUUAAAUUUUCAGGUCUUUACAUCGUUGGUGGUUUACGAAAGGCAGUGUAUUCUUCAGUUCUCAAACAAGACAUGGGAUUUUUCGAUAAAAACAUCGUUGGAGAAAUCAGUUCUCGACACGCCGCCGACACAGUAAUUGUAGGCUACAGUGUAUCCACAAGUUUGAAAGAUGGAGUUCGAGCUGUGUUGGUUGGUUUCGGAUCGAUUGCCGCAAUGUUAAUGACAUCACUCGAAUUAUCAACAGUUUCAUUUUUGACCGCUCCAAUUGUUCUCUCGAUUUUCCGAAUGUUUGGAAAAGUUCAACAACAAUGCACGUGGCAAUUGCAAGAAGUUGUGUCUGAAGUGAAUCAAAUGGCUGUUGAAAGAAUGGCACAGGCGAAAACUGUUAGAAUGCUUAGUGCUGAGCAACAAUCAAUUGAUGAAUAUUCGAAGAAAAAUGAACUUGUUGUUGAGAUUUCGAAAACUGAAGCUUUGGCGAAAGGAAGUUUGAUUGGAUCUUUCCAAUUCACCGCGUAUUCGGCUUUCUCCUCGAUUUUAUUUUAUGGUUCACAUUUGGUUAGUGAAGAGAGAAUUACUUAUGGUGAACUUUCUUCAUUCUGUUUGUACGCAGUUAUGGCGGCUGCAAGUUUAUCAAAUAUUUCGGGAUUCUACAAUGAGGUCAUGAAGGUUAGCAACAAAAAAAAUCCAAAAACUAAGUUCAUCAAUUUUCCAUUCAGGGUCUUGGAGCAUCAUCUCGCCUUCUUGAGCUCAAAAAUUCACAACCCGCAAUGACCCUUGAUUCGGGAAUUCAAAAAACUCAACUGGAGAGAGCAAUACAUUUCGAAGAUGUUUCAUUUUCUUAUCCCGGGCGACUCAAGACUUUGCAAAAUUUGACAUUUGAUAUUCCACGUGGAAAAAUCACGGCAAUUAUUGGGCCAAGUGGCGGUGGAAAAUCAUCGAUUGCAAGUCUGAUGUUACGAUUAUACGAUCCAGAUUCUGGUAGAAUUACAGUUGAUGGAAUUGAUAUGAAAGAUAUAAAUCCAACUGCUUGGAGAAGAUCAAUUGGAACUGUUGGACAAGAACCUGUAUUAUUCACCUGUUCAAUUCGAGAUAAUAUUUUGAUGGGAGCUGAACAUCCGAAUCGAAUUAGUCAAAAUGAAUUGGAACAGGCGGCGAUGUUAGCGAAUGCGUUGGAUUUUAUUACAUCGUUUGAGAAUGGUUUCGAUACAAUGGUUGGAGAAAAUGGAUGUAAAUUGAGUGGUGGUCAAAAACAACGAAUUGCAAUUGCUCGAGCAUUGAUUUCAAAACCAAAAAUUCUGAUUUUGGACGAAGCGACAAGUGCUUUAGAUGCUACUUCGGAUUAUUUAGUUAGAAUGACAAUUGAUAACCUUUUGAAGUAUCACGAUUUAACUGUUCUUGUGAUUGCUCAUCGAUUAGCAACUAUGCAACAAGCAGAUCAAGUUGUAUUUGUGAAUCGUGGAAAAAUUGAAGGACAAGGUUCAUUCGAUGAAAUGAUGAAGAUUCAAAGUAGUAUUGUCGAACAAGAAGCGUUGAAGAGAGGAAUCCCAAUUAAUGAACAAAUGAGUCGAGUUAGAACAUCUUUCUAA